AUGCAAUACGACGCGCACGUAGACCCUAAAAAAGAAAUCUACUGGACCCAUGUUAGCGCAGAUGCCUGUAGGUUUGCCAUGAUAUGGAAAUACGGCGGCAUUUACAUGGAUACGGAUGUCAUCUCCCUUCGUCCAAUACCUGAGGACCAUUUUCUAGCAACUGAGGGUUUCACAGCUACUAGUAGCGGUGUUUUUGGUCUCUCCUCACAUUACCAGUUGGCGUGGCAGUUUAUGGAGAACUUAGUUGAGAACUACAGGGGGGAAAUAUUGGGACACCAAGGGCCAGGAGUUUUUACACGUAUUGUGAGAAAAUUGUGCGGCUGGCCAGUAUUUAACUCUACGGAUGAUGUCAUGGGUUCAAACAUAAGUUAUUUUCACCCUCAACGUUUCUACCCCAUCUUGUACUAUGAAGUCUGGCAGAAUUUGCCAACUUUGAAUAACUCCUAUGCCUUAAAUCUUUGGAAUUACAUGAAUAACAAAGGUAUAUCUAUGGUACCUGGAAGCAACACAUUGGUGGAACAUAUCUACCAAAAAUACUGCCCUACCACCUAUGAAUACCGUAUAUACUCGAGAGAGGAGGAACAACAGUUUUCAGGUCUAAGAUUUCCACCAAUCAUAGAACAGGACCUCAGUUACACGCUACGGUAUAUGGAUUCUCUUGGUGGCACACUGCCAGAGCUGCUGCACGUCCUGUAA